ACUCCAAAAUCGAAGCGUCCAUUCUCACUCAAACAAACAAGAAAGCCACUUUCCAAACACAAAAGAAAGCAACACAUUUUCAAACUCUUGAGUAAACUCCAAGCCUCCUCUCCAUAUCAUAUAUCCAUCAUCUUCCACCUCCUGCUCUCCUCUCUAUCCCAAUUCCAAACCCCAUGUUUAUGCAGGUUCUAAACCGAUACACCUUCUCCUCCAUCGCCCUCGUCUCCUUCGUCUUGUGCCUCGCUGCAGAACUCAAGAAAACUAAGAAAGAUGAUCUCGUAUUCAAUGGAAAGCUGUGUUACUUGCCAACAAGUUCGUCUUUCGAGCUAGGAAUCACAGGCUUAAUCUGUCUUAGUAUCACCCAAGUCGCCGGAAGUUUAUUCAUUUACAGAGAAUUCACAGUCCGGGGGCUAAAUUUACAGUCACACGCAGUUUGCUCGUUUUAUCCUGGAUUGCCUUUGGAGUUGCAGUGGUUUUACUAAGUGCAGCAAGUAGCAUGAACCAGAGUCAAGCCUUCGGAGAAGGAUGGUUAGAUGGAGAGUGCUACCUAGUUAAAGAUGGAGUCUAUAUUGGCUCAGCCAUACUUACCUUGCUGGCGCUCGGCUCAGCCCUUGGCUCUGGUAUCAUAGC